AGAGGGCUGCCUCUUACACACAAACACCUUCCAUCGUCCCUGUAAUCGAGCGUCGAGCUGCACCUCUGCAAUUAUGCACGUUUCGUGUUGGAUGGGCUUCUCGGUAAACACCGCGAAGCUGCCGCAGACACGGAGCUCCGGCCCCGCCGCGUCCCCCACGAGUCGUCGUUAGCGUGUGCGCGGAGCGGGAGCCGGGCUCGUGUUGUUUAUCCAAGAAAUCUGACUCGACAUGGCUGUUGCUUUGACUCAACAUACACGGUUUCGCAAACGACCCUGGACACCAUAACCAGUUGAGAGAGAGCGGCUGCAGAUCAUCUUAAUGAACGUCAUAAGUCAGGUUGGGUGGCCAUGGAUCCAUUCAACCAGCUUAUUCUCACCAUCUCGGUGACCAGUUUCUUCACCUUCCAGUGGCUCUUCCACAAAGUCAGCCCGUGGACGUCCACGCGCAUCAGCCCCAGCUUCCUCGGCCUCAGUGACAAGCAGAAGGUGGAAUGGAACUCAAGGACGGUGUCAACGUUUCACGCACUAUUGGUGGGAAUCUUCUGUCUCUACAUCUUGUUCUUUGAUGAUGCUGUCAAUGAAGACCCAGUCUGGGGAGACCCUACAUUGGUGAAGACUAAUGUUGGCAUCACAACAGGCUACCUCAUAUCUGAUCUGCUGCUGAUAUUUUACUAUUGGAAGGCGAUAGGCGACAAAUUUUUUGUAGUUCACCAUCUGGCAGCGUUGUAUGCUUACUACUAUGUACUGGGCGAAGGAAUGUUGCCUUAUUUUGCUAACUUCCGUCUGCUUGCUGAGUUUUCUACACCCUGUGUGAACCAGCGCUGGUUCUAUGAGGUACUAGGUUAUCCCAAGUCCUCCCGGCCCAACAUGGUGAAUGGCGUUGCCAUGGCAGUAGUCUUUUUCGUGGUCCGCAUCGCCGUCAUGCCAGUCUACUACAUUCGUAUGUAUGGGGUCUAUGGCACUGACGCUUUCUACCUGGUGCCCUGGGGUGGCCGUGUAGCCUGGAUCUGCUCCAGUAUCUGCUUGGACAUCAUGAACAUUAUGUGGAUGCACAAGAUUGCCCGCGGCUGCUACAAGGUGCUGCGUUCGGCACGCCAGAGCAAAGCCAGCAUGCCUCAGGAGAAUGGGAAGACGGAAUAAAGGACACUGGGUGUCAGUGGUGAGAAAGCCACAGCAGAGACACAACGUCACUCUCAGCGCAUCGGGGGAGCAGCAGCUCGGACACUUACCUGUCGCACCUGGGAAGAGUGAUAUCACAGGACCGAAUGUAAAGAGGGAAAUUGAGUCACUUGAGAUGGACCAUUGAACUGGCCAUCCCGAAGCCAUGACAUGAACUGUCAGCAAUACCGUGUGCACGGCCAAUUAUUGUUCUCUUGAACAAUUUACCAUUACACAAAAGAGUCCUGGGACUCUUAGCCCAACCACAAAAUGUCAAAAAGUUGACCGUUCUUUACAUACUUUGUGCUCAACAAAAUAUAUAUAUAUAUUUUUUAUUUUUUUUUCUCAAAGUAUUGUUAUUUUCAAUCCCAGGAUUACACAGUUAAUAACUCAACCACCGCAAUCUGACAUCGUGAGUCUUGGUUGCAUUUGAAUGGUGUAAUUUAUACAAUGUAGGGUUGAAAGGGCCCCGGUACACUGUAUGUUGUCUAUUUGUUUUGUCUUGCUGGGGUCGAGGCAAAUUAGUUUUCAACCAUACAAACAGUUGAAGAUGUUGUUUUUAAUGAAAAGGAAACUGGUGUACAGAAUACUCUAGAAAUGCUAAAAGGGAAACCGAAUGUCAAUGCUGUGUUUGUACGCUGACGUGAAGCAAUGCGAGAACAUUCGUUGUCCUUAAUAAUAUUUCUUAAUACAACCUGAAAUUCCACACUGUAAAAAAAAAAAAAAAAAGAAAAGAAAAUGACAUUUUGUUAACAAAGAUUAGUUAUUGACACGGUUUUGUGGGAGCUGUCAUUUGUGUCGCAUUGUGCGGUGCAUGCUAAAGGGUGAAACUGUCCUGGAGUGCUGAUUCGGAAUCAGUGUCUUAGACAGAAUGAUAAACACAGAGUACAGACAAAGAGCGGCUGCUUUGAAGGACUUCUGUUUGCUAAGAGGCUUAGUGGGAAAUCUGACACUCCUUUAGCAACAGGUGUUGACCUUAAGUUUAUAUAACAUUCACACUGCCUAUUUUUGAUAUCUUUUUAGGCACAAGCUGUUCAAAUUUACCCCCCCCCCCCCCCCGGGCAACAUUUGCCAACAAGCUGCAUGCUGCUGUGUGUGUUUACCGUCAAGGAAUUGGACAUUUUAGCCAGCAAAUUGAACUCAGGACACGAGUUCAACACAUUCAUUUGACUAAAUUAGUUUUUUUUUGCAGAUUUUAAGUUUGAUGUCAAAUCAAGGACAAUAAUCAGUGUUUCAGAGGGUAAUGGUUCUGGGCGUGUCAAAAAAGUAUUUUGCAGUUUUAGAACAUUGUGAUGGAUAAAGCGUCUGCCUCAUGUUGCACAUGAUUUCCAAUCCGCUGUUAAAACAUAAUAUGCACUUCCAUAUUUAUUCAUCAGUUUGAUACAAGGAUUGUGUGCUUUCCCCCCCCCCCCCCCCGGUGGACAGGAAUGUAUGGAAACUGAAAGAUUCACGUUAUCAUUCUACUGUCAAAGCUGUCAAUCAUCAUACAACACUGAACACAGGAACAAAUCUCCUCAUCGGGUUUUAAGACAACUGUAGGCCUAUCCUUUGUUUUUAUUUAAAAGUUGCAAUUCAUCGAUGAUUUACGGAACAUGUACUUGAAUUUUCAUUGUAAAUGUAUCUUUAAUGUAUCUGUAGCUGUACAUCAAAAGCUAUCUUCAAAAUGUUUUGUCAAACAGAAACGGGGGAUUGCUAGUUUUGAAAAUACGCCUUGCUAUGUUCAGCAUUUGAUUUUGUUGCCUUUUUAAAACAACGCAUGAUUGCACACUGAAUACUUUAUUACAUCCCCAAAAAAAAAAGAAAAAAUAGUGUGUUCCACGUCUAAUGCUGUCUAAUGUGAUUGUUUGGCCUUUUGUUUCAAAUGUUAAACCAAGAGAUUUGUUAAGGCUGGUUGUUUUAGUGCUUUUGUUUUUUUUGUUUUUUUUCACAUCCAUGACCAUUUUUAAUACAGUGCCAACCAAUUCUCUGCACGUACCCGUCUCUGCGCGCUGUUAUUAGUCACAGGAGGAUGAGGCUCGGUGCCGUUUGGCGUGGUGGAACGGUGUGAAACACUUCUUGUCCAUUUACGCCAUUCGAGUACAGGCAGUGUGUUUAGAACAGGAUGGACUCGAGUGGAUCAUCACUGUCUCACAUCUUGGGGAAAGAGUCGGGAUGUGUUCAUAUUUCACUGGAGUUAAAUGGAAACCAGGCCAGGUCAUGCAUGGCCAGUAUGGUCAUCUUCUUCAUGCACCUUCUAUAACUGCAUGUUGUAUUGCAUGGGGAUUGCACUGUAAACAAAAUAGCAUAUACAUUUGCAAGACAACCUUUUGUUCUCUUUUUUUUCUUUGUACAUGUACAUAAUGUUUACUGAAACAUUAUUCUUGUACUGUGCCACAUAAUGUAAUCCACAGAUGAUGAUGAUGAUGAUGAUGAUGAUGAUGAUGAUGAUGCGUUGAAAACGUCAUAAAGCAGAUAUUUAGUAUAAUAUCCAGCACA